AUGGUUGCCCACCAGCCUUCUGAGCCUCAGCGACUAAGUCUUGAAACUGUCUGGAGACGGGCAGUCGAGUUGUUGGAGAAGAUAACGGGGUUUACGUUGACGCCAACUCUUCCCGCCCCAGGCGAGACUUGGCACUGGAGCGUUCUUAAGUUUGAGCUGCGCCCAAUCAAUAAGGCUGGGGGGGCCCCCAGGGGCCCCUGGGGGCCCCUGGGGGCCCCCCAGGGGCCCCCCGGGGGGCCCCUGGGGGCCCCCCGAGGAACUCUUUAUGUGGAUUUGUGGGCAAGGAAGGACAAGACGCGGCUGCUGGCCCAAUUUACAAUAAGGGGGUCGAAGCAAAUGGACUACCCUUUGAAGCGAGGAUGGGAGUUGGGGGGCCCCUUGAGCCGCGCAUGCGUCGUUGAGGACAACGGCUGCCUCCGUCAAAUUCCCUGCUGCGCUCUUGUCUCUAAUUUCGCCCCCCCAGCUCGUUUGUCCAAUUCCGAAAAAGGGGACGACGCAGAAGAAGCGCUGCUGCUGCUGCGCGACAGCAAAAUAACAGAAAAUGAAAGUCUUCAUUUGCUGCACGAAUUGGGCCACGUGAUUCACGGCCUUUUGUCUCGGACGGAGCUGCAGCACUUGUCCGGCAAGCCGCCAAACCCUAAACCCUAA